AUGUGGAUGAAGAGUGCUCUAGAUCGCGGUGUCGAGGAUCGGGAUGUGCUAACGGCAUGUAUAAAAUUUGUCGUACCGAAGUUCAAAGACAAAAUGAAUACACCAGCGGAAGAAAUAAAUCCAUCAGCGUCAUGGCACCCAACAGGCACACCAGCGUCAUGGCAACCAACGAGCACACGAGAGCUUUCGGAACAAAUGCACGCAGCAGGUCCUAUUAGAACUAUUCCCCAACGUUCGACCAACUUUCAUCACGUGGACCCCCGUCGUGCACCCGACUUUAUGGUCGACAUUGGCGAGUUCGAAAGUCCACAGACGACCUUAGCAGGGCCUGUCGGGAAGUACUCGAGUGUGUUAAACCUGGCAGCCUCUGAGCAGCUGUCGCCAGAAGACUCAAUUGCGGACGCCCAAGCGGUCGUAGCCCACUUUGCGGAUGCACCCAACGCCGACGUUUCCUUCCAACACUUCACGGCGCCUGUGUUGAGCGAGUGCCAGUGUGCUACACUGAUGGAUUGCGUCGAAGCGCUGCACGCAGAUUCACACGGACCGAUUACAGUACACGGGAACGUGGCUUUGAACGCGAACGAGGCUGUGAAUGUAUCCGACGUGCUCUGGGAGCUGACGGGUUUGCUCGAUGCGCGUAAUGUGGAGAAGCCUGCGGCGCUGAUCAGCAAUCAGUAUUCCGAGAUCAAGCUGAGACGCGUGCAAGCUAAUGGACAGUGCAUACCUUUCCACAUGGACCAUUCGCGCCGUACGCUACAGGUACUGUUGAACCGGGAUGGGGCCGAUUACAUAGGUGGCAAUAUAGUAUACACCACCCAGGCGGGGUUUAAAACACCGGUGCGUGUCGCCGGAUCUGCCACAGUACACGACAACACCAUCCCACACGGUGUGACACAGAUGCGAGAGGAUGUGCGUUACAGCCUAUUCUUCUUAGACAACUAUGCAGGACAAUCCCAGGGACUCAAUUCACAACGUCAGCCAUCCCCGGAGCUCAGCCCAAUGCAGGCAUGCACUCGUACAUGCGUGCCAUGA